CCAUUAAGCACAACAUCUCAAAUAAGUGAAAUGCAAUAUUUUUUACAACACCAAACUCCCUCCAUAACUCCAAUACAAAACUUAGUGUUCUGCCCUCAUAAGAAAACGGUGUCAUUCUAAGUUUCCCACUAAGUGACUUCACACUUAGCCUUCAGUUUGACUUCCAGUUCUAGAUAGUUCCCCAGGUCACUUCUCUUCCCAUUAGCUAGGGUUCAUCGUCUUCAUCUUCUUCCCAUCGCCAAGGAUCCUAACACUUCCAUAUUGUGUACACCACAAUGGUAGCCAGUAGACCACAUCCCAAGAGAAUGUUGCCAUCUUGGUGCUGGGUUGCAUGAGAUCUGGCUAGAUCUAACCACACUAGUACCGAAUACUCACUACAAGAAAUCGGACCUUUUCCAGCGAUUUUAUUUUUGUUGAAAUUAAAAUCGCUGCAGUAGCAUAGUAAAAGCAGCGAUUUGAGGACGAUAAAACAGUAAUUUUCUUUUAACACUUUUUGCAGUGAUUUUUUACUUAUUACAACGAAAAUUAACGCUGCAAAAAAAAAGCCUGUUCAUUGCUUAAAAUUGCAGCACUUUUUAAACUGAUUGCAAUGAUAUUUUCCAUCCGAGUUAGCAAAGUGAUUUUGCAGCGCUAUAUCGUUCGCUACUACAACUCAUUGCCGCGCCAAACACCUUAUAAUUUCAGUACUUUUAUAUUUCCCCCCAAGUUUUUUUGCCCUCACAUUUCCUCACUCCGCCCGAUUUGCAACAGUCCUGAGAAAACUUCAAUCUGUUCCCAUCAACCUUUGUCGUAGCUCAAUCCACCCCAACGAAAACCUAGUUUCCUUGCAUUCUCAAGUGGCUUGAGCUCACUUUCCAACAAUUUCUCCCAUUAAGCAGAAAUUCCAUUUUCGGCGCUGUAUUUGUUCAGAAUUUCCAAAGAAGAUUUUGAUCUCCCAACGAUCAAACCCUAGUUUCCUGCACACGUCCUUCCAUUUUAUUUGGCAAUUGGCAUCUCCGUUUGGGAAGCUGAAUGACUACGUUUCCACCUUCGCUGGAAUAGACGAUUCCGUGCCUCCAUUUCUAGUCCGAAGUGCCUAGUCCUCUAUUUUCCAGAAUGAUCAAACGAGGCCUAAGGACUUCAAUACUCUUGGCUUAAACAUAAUAAUCUGUUCAACACUACCUUCAUCAUUCCACAAUGAUCUGCAUAGAUGACAACCCCGAUGGACAAAAGCUGGAUGAACUUGACCGAUAGAUUCCGAUCGCCUGCAUAUGCAGAUGGGGUUAACACUUUCCUUACCUUUGCACGAAACCAUUCUCAGGGAAGUGAUCGCAUUCGGUGUCCUUGUCGUUCAUGCAGAAAUAUGAUAUUCUUACCUAUAUUUGAUGUGGAGACUCACUUGUUCAUUAAAGGGAUCAAUCCAAAUUAUACCUAGUGGAUCUUUCAUGGAGAGGAGGAAACAACAAGUUUCAAUGAUGACGACAACGAUGGUGGUGCUGAUUAUGCUGAUGAGUACAUUGAUGCCAUGGACCAUAUGUUAGAUGACGUUUGGGCAGGCACAUUCGUUGAUGUUCCCCAAGAUCAUCACAAUCCAUUGCCAACUAGUGGAUCAAUACCAGAUCCGUCUCCAAGUUCGUCUUUUGAUCAGUUACUAGAGGAUGCCCGCCGUCCACUUUUUGCUGGUUGUACAAAGUUCUCAAAACUGUCAUUUAUUGUGAAGUUGUUACACAUUAAGACAGUUGGUGGGUGGCCAAUAAAGUCCUUUGAUAUGCUACUUAACCUAUUACAGUCCGCAUUUCCUGAUGCUGAAUUACCAAAUUCAUAUGCAGAGUCAAGGUCAUUGGUUAGGGGUUUGGGUUUCAACUACCACAAAAUUCAUGCAUGCCCUAAUGACUGCAUAUUAUUCUGGAAGGAAAAUACUGAUCUUGAUGAAGGUCCUAUUUGUAAGGCUUCAAGGUGGAUGCCUAAUACACACAGGGCACGUCUUAUACCAAGGAAAGUGUUGCGGCAUUUUCCUUUGAAGUCAAGAUUGCAACGUGUCUUCAUGUCUAAAGAGAUAGCAUGUGAUAUGAGAUGGCAUAAAGAGCAUCGGCCAACCGAUGAGGCUACUAUCAGACAUCCUGCAGACUCAGAGUCGUGGAAGAGAUUUGAUGACGAACAUAGUUGGUUCGCACAUGAUGCUCGCAAUGUUAGGCUUGGGAUCGCAAGUGACGGUUUCAAUCCCUUCAAUAAUAUGGCUAAACCAUAUAGCAUUUGGCCAGUAAUCUUGGUUCCUUAUAACUUGCCGCCAUGGUUGUGCAUGAAGGACCAAUUCUUCAUGACAUCUCUCAUUAUUCCUGGGCCAAAAUCUCCAGGUAAUGACAUUGAUGUUUACUUACAACCGUUAGUCGAUGAACUGCUUGAAUUUUGGGAACAUGGGAUACCUACGUAUGAUGCCUCCACAAAGGAAACGUUCGUGUUGCAUGCUACUUUAUUGUGGACAAUCAAUGACUUUCCAGUGUAUGGGAAUCUUUCUGGUUGGUCAACAAAGGGAAAAUUGGCAUGUCCAUCUUGUAACGAAGGCACCGAUUCCAAUUGGUUGACGUAUGGACGAAAAUUUUGUUAUAUGGGACACCGUCGUUUUUUGCCACUAGAUCACAUGUGGAGACUGAGAAAACAUUUGUUCAAUGGUAAAGAAGAUCAUCGCCCACCACCAAGGAUUUUAGAUGGUGCUGAUAUUGUAACUCAACUACAGAUGCUUGGGGAAGUGCAAUUUGGUAAAUCUCGUCGAAAGAGGAAGCGCACUACUGAAGAGUUGAACUGGACAAAAUAUAGCAUUUUGUUCAAGUUACCGUAUUGGGUAACCCUGCGGCUUCACCAUAAUCUAGAUGUCAUGCAUAUUGAAAAGAAUAUAUUCGAUAACAUAUUAUGUACUUUGAUGAACAUCCCUGAUAAAACUAAGGAUAAUAUCAAUUCUCGACGUGACCUAGAGAUCUUGGGCUUCAGAAAAGAAUUACAUCUGAAGCAUGAAGAUAAACGUGUUACAAUGCCACAUGCAUUGUACACAUUACACGGUGAUGAGAAGAGGAAAUUUUGUGAAUGGUUGGCCGAUGUGAAAUUUCCAGAUGGAUUUGCUUCGAACAUCUCGCAUUGUGUUUCAGUACGUGAUUGCAAAAUCUCAGGGUUGAAAAGCCAUGAUUGUCAUGUUUUCAUGCAAAGACUACUUCCUAUUGCCGUGGGGGGGUUCUUACGAAUUGAUAUCGCAUUGACUUUAACUGAACUGAGCACGUUGUUUAAGGAGUUGUGUGCCCGAACCUUGGAUGUUAACCGACUAUCCCAACUCCAAACUGAUAUCGUCACAAUUCUAUGCAAAUUGGAGAUGAUAUUUCCUCCAUCUUUUUUUGAUGUCAUGGUCCACCUAGCUGUCCACUUACCCCGUGAGGCCAUACUUGGGGGUCCAGUACAAUACAGGUGGAUGUAUCCAUUUGAGAGGUAUCUUGGCAAGUUCAAGAGGUAUGUGAAGAAUAAAGCCCGCCCAGAAGGCUCAAUAGCUGAAGCCUACAUUCACAUCGAAUGCUUGACUUUUUGCUCAAUGUAUCUCCAAGAUAUUGAGACAAAGUUUACUCGAACAGACCGCAACAUUGAUGGUGGAGAUCCUGAGAAUAUAGAUGGAUUCAAGAUUUUCAACCAGAAAGUUCGUCCCAUGGGUAUAGCUUCUAACUUUCAAUUAUCAGAUAAACUCUUAAAGGAAGCAACCUGGUACGUCCUCAACAACUGCGCUGAGAUUGGACCCUACCUAGAGGAGCACUAUGAAAUAUGUAAAGUAGAUAGCCCAAAUUCUAUCGAUCGAACACAUCAAACUUCGUUUCCAACUUGGUUGAAGAAACGAGUUCAGGAGCAGUGUAUAACUAACCCACUUGAUGUAAACGCUGAUUUGUAUGCGCUAGGUUGCGGGCCUGAAUGGUGGGUUGCAUACUAUGCUGCGUGCAUUAUAAAUGGCAAAAGGUUCCAUACGAAAGAACGUGAAUUUCGACGACGGACACAAAAUUCAGGGGUGUUUGUAAUUGGGGAUGAAAGUACUAAUAAUGUUGACUUCUAUGGUGUUAUUAAUGAUAUAGUGGAGUUACACUACAUGGGAAGACGUCAGGUGUACUUGUUCAUGUGUGAUUGGUUUGACGUUGGUGAUACAAGACGAGGGGUUCGAGUUGAUAACCAUAUGUACAGUAUCAAUAUGGACAGGACUUGGUAUAAGGAUGAACCAUUUGUGUUGGCAUGCUAGGCUUC